GUCAAGUCUGUUCAAAUUAAAAAAAGAAAGUUGAUCGAAGUCGUCCAUGGAAGUACGAAUGAGAGAGCAUAUAUACACACACAGGCCGCCCAGUCUCCUCGAAGUCGUCCAAAUGAAAGUGCGUAUUUGUUUCAACUUCUCCCCAUAUUCCUCUCUUUCAACAUCUCUCUUUUAACUCUAAACAAUCCUCAGACAAAUCUUCAGCUACCUUUUCCUGCUAAUUUCAACACACCCCUCUUCAAAUUUCUCCCAUAUCUCGAACACCCAAUUCACUUUUACCCUUAAUCUCAAUUGGGUUAUCUUCCUUUCCCAGUUUUCUAUUUGGGGUUUUCCUCAAUUUUGAUUUCUUCUCUUCCUUGAGACCUCGGGAGUGUUAAUGGAGUCCAAUUCUUUUGAUCAGAACAUCAGGGGAGUCCCUACCCAUGGUGGUAGAUACAUUCAAUACAAUGUGUAUGGGAAUCUAUUUGAGGUUUCUAGGAAGUAUACUCCACCCAUAAGGCCAGUUGGGAGAGGAGCUUAUGGAAUUGUAUGCGCUGCUUCGAACUCAGAAACAAAUGAAGAGGUUGCAAUUAAGAAGGUUGGCAAUGCAUUUGACAAUAGAAUUGAUGCUAAAAGGACCUUACGAGAAAUCAAGCUUCUUCGACACAUGGAUCAUGAAAAUAUUAUUGCUCUCAAAGAUAUUAUAAGACCUCCUCAGAAGGAGAUUUUCAAUGAUGUAUACCUUGUUUAUGAAUUGAUGGAUACAGAUCUAAAUCAGAUAAUACGGUCCAACCAGUCGUUGACUGACGACCAUUGCCGGUACUUUCUGUACCAGUUGUUACGAGGGCUAAAAUACGUACAUUCUGCUAAUGUUCUACACCGUGAUUUGAAGCCAAGCAAUUUGUUCCUCAAUGCAAAUUGUGACCUAAAAAUUGGAGACUUUGGGCUUGCAAGGACAACUUCUGAAACCGAUUUUAUGACCGAGUACGUUGUUACUCGGUGGUAUCGUGCACCUGAAUUGCUUCUUAAUUGUUCAGAAUAUACUGGAGCAAUAGAUAUUUGGUCUGUUGGCUGUAUACUUGGUGAAAUUAUGCACAGACAACCAUUGUUUCCUGGAAGAGACUACGUCCAUCAGCUGAAACUUAUCACUGAGCUCAUUGGGUCACCCGAUGACUCGAGCCUUGGAUUCUUACGAAGUGACAAUCCACGAAGAUAUUUUAGACAUCUUCCUCAGUUCCCCAAGCAACAGUUUUCCACUAGAUUUCCCACCAUGGCUCCUGCUGCUAUUGACUUGCUGGAGAAGAUGCUAGUCUUUGAUCCUACUAAGCGCAUUACAGUUGAUGAGGCAUUGUGCCAUCCAUACUUGGCACCUCUGCAUGAUAUCAAUGAGGAGCCAGUAUGUCCGAGGCCUUUCAGUUUUGAUUUCGAGCAACCGUCGUAUACUGAAGAAAACAUCAAGGAACUUGUAUGGAGAGAAUCCGUGAAGUUCAACCCCGAUCCCGCUUUUUGAGGAUCAUGUCUGUUGUAUUCCUUUAACUGAUGAAGAACAAGAUCCAUUUAGUGUUACCGAGAAACCAAUUUGCGGUAAAUGUCUGUAGUUUGAAGAAAAUACUGGGCAAUUUCAGCUCUCCAUCCUUUUCCCUCUUUUUUUGUGUUGCAUUGUUUUGGGAUGUAAAAUAGAUCAAUGAAUCAGUCUUUGGACAUUCUUGAAAACUCUCUUAAUCAAUGCAGUUGUUAUAUGCCA